AAGGAUGAGCCUGCAUCCCCCACAUGUCGACUCCUGCGUGAUCUCCUGCAGGCAGGUGUAGUUUUCUCUCACCAUCCUCCAUGUCUGUCUGUUUUGACCUUGUUAACGCUGCCUCUCUCUUACGCUGCAACUCCCCUGCUCCCCAAAGGCUCUGGUAAUCUUCACUCUAGUGCCACAAUAUUUCUCCUUAAAAUCUAAUUUGUAGCCCCUGGUUGAUUUAUCGAGGCACCCUCUCCUGCCUGCAACAUCGCUGCAGAGCUGGAGAAACAAGCUCUGAGAGGUGCUGUGCAGGUUAGCAGUGGCUUUGAACAAAUCCUUCCAGCUUUCCUAAAAAAAUUGAGGCUUUUUCUUUCCUUUCUUGGCACAGUUAGUUACAUUUCGUCAUAAUGCGUGGAUGUUUUAUCUCUUUUUUUUGCCAAUAUGCACAGUGUUGCUCAACCUCAGUACUUUCCUCACUUUCUUCAGUUUGGAGAGAAGAAGAGGUUCUGGAUUUGGCAGGCGUGCGACGAAUGAGUCAGGCUGUUUUUAAGAACAGUAAACAAAGAGUAGCUCUAUAAAGGCCUCCAGAGAGCCUUAGGACAGCAUGUGCAACCCUCAGCUCACUGAGAAACACAAUGAAUUCUGUGAAAGCAACCACCCUCUUUGUUCUUCUGGGCCUGCUGGUUCCUGAAAUCUCCAGUCAGAAACCCAAGACUCCUGAAGAAGAGGUGGCUUUCCUAAAAGUAAGGCUCGCCUUGAUGAAGGAUCGCUACAGGCUGUUGUGCAACCAGUACUCCAGUUUGGCAGACAACUGCUCAGCUCCAGCCAAAGACUGCAAAGAGUGUCCUGAAGGAUGGCUGCAGGUUGAGGAUCAGUGCUUCCACCUGAACACUGACAAGCAAGAUUUCUCUACCAGUGCUGAGAAAUGUAAAGAUAUUGGAGCCCAUCUCGCCAUACUCACUACAAGAAAACAGCAUGAGGCUGUGGAAAAAGAAGGCAGGAGGAUCGCAGGGACAUACAUACACUACUGGAUUGGACUGAGUGACAUUGAGACUGAGGGGGACUGGAGAUGGGUUGACAACUCAACGCUAACAACUGCGUUCUGGGACCCUUACAGAAGAGAACCAGACAACAAUCAGGCCCAAGGGCCAGAGGGGGAGGACUGUGCAGUGGUGGAUAGCUACACUCAGAAAUGGUACGACGUUCCCUGUGAGUUCACCUAUCCUCGGAUCUGUCAGAAAGCCGCCAAUCCGCUGCUCUCAGACCCAACCGCACCUCUGGAGCACCCCCGACUAAGCUGCAAAUGUGACUGAUCCGUUAUUGAAAAGCUUUAAUAUACAUUUGCAAUAUUACAGUUUGUCUUCAGCUUUUAAUCAACAUCUUUAUUCUGUCCAAACUAUCCUGUUUCUAUUUUUAAGAAAUAAAGUAUCACCUUGUGUGAAGAAA